GUGCCAACGCGGACAAAUCUGCUGUUCACAAACUACUAAGGGAGGUGUCGCGAGAAGCUCCCAAGAAACUGUCAAUCAUGAUGCUGCUGAAGUCACUAGCAUCCCUCUGCGUCUUGGCUGCUGCAGCCUUUGCUGUCCCUGCUCAGGAGAAGCGCAUCCAUCACCACGCUGAUCUGAGUGACCAUGCCCACGAUGAUGCUGGCGGCUUCCAUUACGACCACGAGGCCUUCCUCGGCAAGGAGGAGGCCAAGACCUUUGACCAGCUGACUCCUGAGGAGAGCAAAGACAAAUUAGCGAAGAUUGUGGACCGCAUUGAUACAGACAAAGACGGCUACAUCAGCCAUACAGAGCUGCACUAUUGGAUCAAACACCGGCAGAGGAGGUACAUCGAGGAGAAUGUGAACAAACACUGGAAGGACUACGACAAGAACCAAGAUGGAAAGAUAGGAUGGGAGGAGUACAAAAACACCACCUACGGCUUCUACCUGGAUGAGGAGUUUGGUGACAUUGAGGACAAGGCCACCUAUAAGUCCAUGCUGACCCGGGACCAGAGGCGCUUCAAGACAGCUGAUCGAGACGGUGACGGUAUUGCCACACGAGAGGAGUUCACUGCCUUCCUUCACCCGGAGGAGUUUGAUUACAUGAGAGACGUGAUAGUGCAGGAAACAGUGGAAGACAUUGAUAAGAACGGUGACGGGAAGAUCAACUUAGAUGAAUACAUCGGGGAUAUGUACUCAUCAGAGAAUGGGGAGAGUGUGCCGGACUGGGUCCAGACAGAGAAGAAACAUUUCUCAGAGUUUAGAGAUGCCAACAAGGAUGGCUACAUGGAUAAUGGUGAGGUGGCCAAUUGGGUUUUGCCAGGAGAGGUUGACCAUGCUGACAAUGAAGCCAAACACUUGAUCCAUGAGACAGACACCGACAAGGACAAGAAAAUAACCAAGAAGGAGAUUCUAGCCAACUGGAACAUGUUUGUGGGCAGCCAGGCGACCAAUUACGGGGAAGACUUAACGAAGAGACAUGAUGAACUUUGAUGACCUGUCAGAAGCUCAUUUGGGUUUAUAUUUCACUACGAUGGAGAAUUUGGUUACUGUGUUUUGGGGUGGGGGUAUAUAUAUAUAUAUAUAUAUAUAUAUAUAUAUAUAUAUAUAUAUAUGUAGCAAUGUUCACACAUGCACAAAGACAUACUAGUCCAUUCAUAUUCAGCAUGCGCUCACAUACUGUGUAUGUGAAUAAAGAUGAUACUGAUGGUCCGACACAUAGUUCUCUCUUUGCUUCAUUUACAUAUUAUGUGAUUUAUUUGUUUCAAACCGAGAUGCAUAUCCUCAUAGAUUACAUUUAAACUGUGUAUCUCCAAAAUGACAAAAAUGUAGAUAACGUCCAACAUGCACUAGCAUCCAGCCAACACAAUGCUAGAGGUGUGAAGGUGGUCCCAACACAUGGGGAAACAUUGUUCUUAUAUAAUAAAGAGCAGCAUACAGGGGAUACAGAGGUUUGUAUCUCAGACAGAUAUGGUUGCAUGUGAACAUUUGCGAACAUUUUCUGUCAAAAAGAGUAUGACUUGGAAGAAAAAGGUGAGUUGUGACUGGAGGGCUGUGUUACUGACAUUUUCUUCCAUUUGACUAUUAAAGUCUUGUUUUUUCUACAAA